UUUAUUGAUUAAUCAGUAGAUAAGAACUGCUUUGGGUGAAGGGAAAGACACCACUCAAUACAUGGAAGGUCAGCUCAGUUGGACUGGACCAAAAGCAAAGAAGUUUCCAGGAUAAAAUGAAUGCCUCAUGGUAAUUUUUAUUGUGUUUAUUUUAUGUAUAAAGAAAUAGAGACUCCAGGAGUUAAGUGAAUUGCCUAAAGGUAUAUUCUAGUUAGGGACAGUCAGAUUGGGAGCCAGACUUACAUCUUCUGAUUCUUAAACACGAUUCUUUGUAUGUUUUUAUCAUACCAUGAAACCCACCUCCUAGGAAGUACCCACCUGCAGCAUGAGAGAAAUAGCCUCCCUCUCUACCUUCUUUCUUUCUAACAGAAAUGUUUACAGUUAUGGUAGUUUCCUCAGAAACUGCUGAAAGGGACUUGGAAUGGGAUGCCUCAGGAAGGAACAUCGAAAUCUUUAUGGAUUCGCUCCAAGUUCCUGGUGAGUUGUCAGCAGAAAAAGUCUUACAAACCCUCAAGUUGCUGGAAACUAAAAUCUUAAAUCACAAGAUGACAACUCCAUUAUGCCAGAAGGUGACAAAUAGCAUCAUCAACUACCUGAGGAUAAUGAAGCCUGAGGGGGAACUGGAAGAGAUGUGUACUGCAGUUCUAAUAGCUCUGGGGUCCUACUGCCCAGGAAUGGUCACAAUCAAGCUGUGGGACAAAUUUCAUAACUUCAGCCUGCCCCCAAGGAGCCUCCUGAUGGCGGUGGGGAAACUCAGCUUCGGCCAGGGUGUGGCCACGUACAUUGGCCCCACUUGGGAAUAUAUCCUGCGCCUUCUGAGGAAGGCUGAGAGAGAGAAUGACAUGUUGGCGAUAUGUCAAGUGCUCAACGGGUUGGCCAUCAGUGCCCGGAAACAUCUGGAUCUGAGACGUGAAAAUGAAGAAGUGAUGGACAUCUCUGCAGAGUCGCUGUCCAUCAAGGCCUGCCAGACCCUCAGGGUUCUCUUCAAUCGCUGGCCCCUGAAGAACAAUAGCAAGGUGACGGAGCAAGCCCUAGUGGUAAUUGGCCACCUCUUCUUCCUCAUGCCAUCACCCAAACUCAAGAACCAAGUGAACUGGCUAACCCGAAGAUUAAUGACUUUGACGGAGGCAAAACUGGAUCCUUUCUACAUUUCCCAGUGUAUUUACAAACUUUUGGGUGCCCUGGCUGUCAGCGGCAGUGGAGGUGUAAACUUGGCAUCACAGCUGGAAAAUAUUGUGGACAUGCUUUUCAAGCAGGUGAGAGAAAAAGUCAAUAGCUCAGAUCCUCACACAGUGCAGAACUACAGCUUCACCUUGAAGGCUUUCUACACCCUGACCAAGUUAUACAAUGAGCAGAUGGUGCUAUUACUACGGAAGGUGCUAGAAUCCACUGAUCCAGUCAAAGUAGCGUCAGCUCUUCAAGUCUUCACGUAUGUGUUCUGGGAAGUGUCCCAGACAGAGAAAGUGAAGAGUGACGUGAUGAAUUCAGUCAUAAUUGUGAUUCAGGAGGAUUUCAAACUGGUACGGGUGGCCCUCCUGUACUUCCUUGAGAGACUGGCCCAGUGUGGCUACUUGAACCUACCCCAGGGAAACGUCAUCAUCAACUACCUCAUCAAGCUCAGCGAGCUGAACUCCUCAGUACAAAGAAACCAGGCAGGUGAAGGGGUAGAGGGGUGGAGGGUGAGAGCGAGACUCAGGGGAGGGGGCAGGAGAAAGGACAGCUGGAAGCAGAAGGGAAAGAAGAGGAGGGGAGGCUGGCAUGAUGAGGAGGGACCUUAGGCAUCUAAAACCCUGAUCAGUGGGCCAUGGGAGGCCUUGAAUCAGGACACUCAGCUAGCAUUGGUUUCAGAUUUUAAUUUUUCCUUUUAUUUCAGAUCACAGGGGAAAUUCAAAAAAUGUGUUCCAGAAUUCUACAGAUGGUAAAAAAAAAAAAUAGGGCUAAAGAAGCCUCCCCUUUUCUUCCCCUCUGGUUCCCCAGGUCAGCAUCCUGACCCACAGACUGCCUGUUUCUCCCCUUCUCCGCUAUCUAACCCCACGUACUGUCUCUUCCAACCUUCCCCAUCUCCAUCUAUUCCCACUUGAGUGCCUGGGGCUCCUCUGAGAAGUGACUCAGUAGAGCUGAAUAGGGUCACUGGAUGGGGAGUCUGGAGGCCUAAGCUUCAGCCCUGUUCUGCCAGUUUCUAGUUGCUAUAAAAUCUUGGAGCAAGUUGCUGUAAGCUGUGAUUUCUCCUGCCAAAGGACGGUGAUUAUAUACCCAUCCUGCUUACAGCAACCUAUAAGGACUCCUGUAGGCGCAAAUGAGCUGAUGUGUGGGCCAGAGUUGAGUAAAGGGCUGUGAGGAGGGAAAGAAGAGCUGUGAUUCAAUCUCCUUUUCCCUGGAGUUGGAGCUGCUCUCCCAGCAAACUCUGUCUCCUGGCCUUUAAUAUUUCUCCUGCCUCUGGAAUAUUCCCCAUUGAAGGUGAUUACAUGUCACACAAUUCCGCAUUUCAAGAAGUUCCUCUGUCUGUCUAAUCAAUCCCUCCCUUUUAUAAUUUUAAUAAGGACCUUGAUUAUAGUAGUGCAAAU